AUGCCCAGCGCACGAGGUCUUAAAAGCCUAGGAGACCUCUACAUCCUUCUUUCCGAGGCAUGGCGCGCGCGCUUAGGCGCUGGCGACGCCAGUGUUGGAGGUGAUCCACGAAGCGAAGGAGGUGACGCGGGCGAAGCCGACCGGGUAUCCCUUGGUGCACCCGGCGCUGGAGCCGAAGGACACGAUGCCGAUCUGGGUGCUGCGGCCACUGGAGGUGGAGGCGCAGAGGGUGGAGCUGACGAUGAUGUUGCCGAAGGUCUGGGAGCACACGGUGUUGGUGAUGAUGCUCAGAUCAGCGUAGUUCAGGGUGUUGCUGACUCCGCUGGCUGUAAAUAAGUUACAACAUUGAGCAAGGUAAAGUGCUGUACAUCGAACUCACACAUAUUUGUUUAUUUUUCAACUUUUUGAGUUAUUUUUGGACGUGUAAAAUUAAAACGAGAGUUUGCGCACGGUAUGUCUGUCGAAUUCGAUCGCGGGAAGGGCCGCAAACUCUUUGAUAUGUGGGGCAUCAAAAAACUUAGGAUUAGGGCUUGGUAUCGAACCCGCGAUCUUCCUAUUACCGUCACUGUCGAUGUUCGGUCUCCAUCUCAUUUACCGGUUCAGGUAUGUAAAUUUUAAAUAAAAGUGACA